GGGGAGAACGGUGGUGGGCAUGCACGAGUCCGUGCACGGGAACGUGAUUCCCUUCGUGUGGACACGGGUGGAGGUGUUCAACACCAGUAAGAAACAUACGUCUAAACAGAAGGCUGCUGCAACUGCAUCUUCUUCUUCAUCCAAGUGGCACUUGCGCGAAGAACUAGCGGAGGGUACCUGGCCGGACAUGAGCGCGCGCAACCGGGCGCGCAUGAAGGUCUCGGCGCGGCCGAGCUGGGACCCGCUCGGUGCAAGUUGUGUCUUGCCCUACGGGGAAACCAUUGACCCGCGGCUGCCGGACAAAACGAACUACUACGCCCCGAUCUUCUCGCGCGACGACUGGGGGAAGGCGCUGGCAGAAAUCCGGAUUCCCAGUGCGAUGGACCGGAUCUCGCACGUCGUGCACGGACCACUCUGUCGCCAGCGCGUAGUCGCUCCUUCAACGUCCUCGAAAGAAGGUGGUGGUCAGCAGCUUGUUGUUCCUGAUGGAAAUAAAAACAAGACGAAGACUAGUACUCUCGGAAAAACCACCACCGCCACUAUCUCCGAAAACGCAAAGUUUGAGCCCGUCUCUUUGUUGCUCACUGUGUCGAACAAAAACAACGCUCUGGCGAUCUGGAGCAGCAACAACGACGCACCACUUCUGACCAUCAGCGAACUCUGUCCCGACCGGUGGGGCCCGAUCCAGGACAUUCUGCUUUCCAACGACUGCCAAACGAUUUUCCUCUGCGGGCACAACGGCUACUGCGCGUUUUUGCGGUGCAGCAGCCGGUGGCUGAAUAAAGCGACGAACGUGAACGUGGAAUAUUUCCAGAAAAUCCACUCGCCCGACUUCAUUGAGAAGGAAAUGGAGAAGGAACAAGCCAUGGCGCUUUCGAAUAGCAGUGCGGCUCCUGUGGUUGGGGGUUUUUACGAUGAAAAUGAAAUGUUACAACAGCCCGAACUGCAGGAACAUCAGCACUUUGGUCAUGGAGCAAUGGGAGGUGCGUCAACAUCUUCUGCCUUGCUCAGAAGUCGCGCAACAGGAGCGUCCUCUCCGCAUGGCAAGCUAGUCGAGCCGGUCUUGAUGACGCGGCUUUUCGCAAACGACACCGAGUACCGAGCGGAGCAGCAGCUGCAUCGGGCGAUGGUUGAGGCGAAUUUCACUAAUGACACGACAGAGUUCGCAGCGGCCGUGGAUGCGAUUUUUCAGGAAGAUAGAAGUGGUACCGAAGAUCAUGACCAGGUAGCGGUGGGCGAAGAGGAAGAAGGUGAGCGCGCGCCGGGUAAUGUGAUUGGUCGGGAAUUCCUUGUUACAGGAGGAGGUGAAGAUGACACUGACCACAUGUUUUCUAGCGCAGGAGAAGUGACAGAGAACACAAUCGAAUUCGAUCUGGACCAAGCAACUGCGAAUUUCGACAGCUUGUUUAAUGCGGCCGGUGAUAUAGAUUUCGAUUUCGUGAAUGAUCUGGCGGACGCGCUGUUUGGCGGAUCUCCUGUCGCUGGCAUUAUGGAAACCUCCGUGAAAGAGCCCCAGAAACAUCACAGCAAAAUAAACUCCGCACCUGAACAAAGCAGAGCGGCUUCAUUGUCUAAGGACGAGCUCCACUUGUUGGAGUCGCUUCUGGAAGAUUUGGCAUCAUCAAGUAGAACUCCGGCCGGGCUUUCUCUAGCAAAGACGCAACAUAAAAAAGCGAUUAACCGCCGGUUUCAUCCUGCGAUUGUCCCUCGCGCCGACGCAUCCAAUAAAUCUGUAGUUUUUUCCAUUCCUACAUUUUUGGGACCAUCAGGUGAAGUGCUUGACGUGGUGGUACCAGCACAACUACCUUCGUUUCCUCGACAGCAUCAACCCUUCAAGAAGCUAGAGGAAGAAACCGAGGACCCUGGAGGUGUCCUCCACCGACUUCCCGAACCCUUGCUCGAUGCCCUGCUCACCUUGACAGACAGCCCGCAGAUCAUGUCCUCUUACAUCGCAACUGCGCAGGAGGAUGGAACUGGUGCACGACCAGGGAUUUCCGUGAAACAGGGACUCGUUAUAAGGAAUGUUUUGGAAAAGUUUGCGACCCCCGAAUGUUCCGCGACAACCAGAGCAGAGAUCGCGAACUAUUACGCGCGGAUCUUGCUCCCUUCAGCAUCGGAGGUACAGCAAGAUGGACCUGUUUCUAAGAUAAAUCCUGCCUCGACCAACACUUCUCCGUCUUCGGAGAACAAAGAGAGAAGCAAAACGACCAAUGAUGAGCAGGACGAAAAAGACCGUUCCGCCGUGCAGACGAACACGAAGCCCGGGCUCAUAGUUGAGGAGGAACAGAAGGUGGCCUUGCUUGCGGAUGAGAUUGACACCGUGGAAGAGCAGGAGAACGACGCGAUGGCGUUUCUCACGACUUCCAUGAACCGUGAAGUGAUGGCCGGUCGUCUCGUCCCGUCACCACCUAGUUUCGAAAGGGACCACCGGAGGAACAAUCUCUCGACGACGUCCCCCCUCUACUACUACUCUUUCGGCAUUGCGAGCAAAGAACAGUUUCCCGUCAGUAGCGAAAACGAGUUGGUUUACCGCGAGCAGCCGUCUCUACAAUUGGUCACUCUCAUCCACCGGGUGCCGAACACGACCCUCGCAUUUGUCGUGUUCGAGGCAUGUAAAUUGGGGCUUUUCAAAAGCGGCGUGUGCUGCCUGCCGCCGGUGCUGCUGCCCUUUCCGGUCGAAAUGCUUUCCGUGUCGAAAACGUCGGCGUUUUUGGUUGCGGUCGGGAUGCCUGAGCAGGUACAUAGUUGUUGUUUUUUCGUACGGUAAAGUUUGAUCAUUUAUCGCUUGUUCUCCUUUUGAUAGGGUUCAUCUGCACGACUUGUUGAGCUUGACGAGAAGUAACUGAAGCGACAUGAAGAUUGAGACUUGUGUAUAGCUGUAUGCUACGAAGAUCAUUGAACGAAGUGUCAGUUUCUUGAAUUUGCACUUAGUGCUACAACAACCCCAAAACCCACUCUGCACAGACUAUCGCCGCGGCCGACACAACUACAAUGCUGUCCCAACUUAUUCUCCCUCCGGUCCAGCGUGUCAUUGUUCUCGAUUUCCACCUUCGCGUGCACACCAUCACCGCACCGCUCCCGGUUGUGCCGAAAAAGAUCUACGUUUUACCGUCCGGGGUGGUGUGCCUGGAAACCCAAACCAGCUCCAGCAAAACGUACUCUUCCACAGGAGAUCCGAAAUCCUUCCUGGCCACGUCCUCCGGCACGCUUUUCUACAACAAAUCGACCGCCGCGUGGAUGAGCGCGGAGCCUCGGGAGGUCUCGAACAUGUACGCCGUGCCGCCGGACUUUGCGGAACUCGCAAACGAUUUGGAUUUCCCCAACCCGGACCCGGUCACGCUGAAAUUCGGUUUAGACGCCCGCGUGAACGCCGGGGCGACAAAGUACCAGGAUUGGCGAUUCUCCUUUGCGCAGGCCUCGGAGGAGCGCGCGUUCCUCGGCCGGCGCGACCUGGAGCAGAAGUUUUUACUAUCUCAGUAUAUAGGCGAGGGGAGGGAAAAAGUGUUGGCGCUGGCGAAUGGUGUCGCGGUCGGGAGAGCAGGAGGAUUGAUGGCUUCUCGUGGUAGAAGUACAGCAGCAGGAGCAGCAGCUUCUAGAGGGACAGGGAGUAGUAACUACUACAAUUCUACCUUCGAGGACCAAUUGAACUUUUACGGAUUCGCCUUGGCUGGGGAGCGGCUGUUGAACAACCGGGCAGUUGUUAUUCCGGCCGUCAGGCGGACGCGACGUGGAAUGUCGGCGCCGGGUGUAAGUUCUUCUUUCGGAAGUAGUAGACCACGACCGGAUGACAAUGCCAAUGAACCUCCCGAAGCCGAACAUCAUGACCUCGUCCUGGCGGGGAAGCAGGUCCACAGACAAGGUGCAAGUAGCGUCGGAGUUGUGAGUAGCACUUCUGUGCGCGAUCGAAAUUAUAAUGCGUUGGGUAAUUCAUCAACAUCAACGCGGAGAAUAGACCAUCAAAAUCCGAUUCUUUCCGCGUAUGAGAGGUGGAACUACUUCUCUUUGGGGCUGGCAACGCGAAGCGAAAGAAUCGACAGCGCCGCGUUGCAACUCAAAGACUCGCUCUCUCUGUCCGCGGUGAGUGCACGAGACCUUAUUGCAAGGAGCAAAUCGGUAGUAGCUCCCGGGGUGGAGGGAAGCGGAAGCCAAGUCAAACGGAUGAAGGCUUGAGGGGUAGUAAAAAGUUGCCUGGUGAAGUUUCGAGGUCCGUUAUUUUCAGCGAACACAAUGCCAUAGUUUCACUUUCACCCGAGCCCGACAGAGAGUGAGUUGAUUUGUGUGACCAUUCAGACACUUCGCACUAUUACACGUCCGCGACCGCGACAUGAUCUGCUGCUCGCAAAGCAGCUCAGUUUGUUAGAAGAACUACAAUAACUCGGACUGAGGUGCGUAUUUGGAAAUAGAACGAAAAGAUC